UCUGCCUUUAGCCCAAACCUGCGAAUGCGAUCACCCUCUCCAAAUAGAAGUGCCCAGAACUCCAGACUGUCCUCAACGGCCUCAGCUCAUACAAAGUCUCUUGCUGCCUCUUGUAUUAGUCAGACAAUUUCUCAAACCAUGGCCAAGAGAAGUGCACAUCUUCAGACUGCUUCCCCACCUGUGAGCUCUGCUCCUUUGCCCACAUCUUCUUUAAGGCUAAGGUCACCAUCACCUAAACCCAUCACCUUGGACUUAAGUGCGGAGUCAGGUUUUAGGAGUACAUCCAGCACUGGGGUAGGGAGUCAACCCCUAAGGUCUUGUCCAUCCCCAUUCAGAUCAAACAGUCUUCGAUCUAGUCCAUCAACAGUUCAGUCCCCUCCUCCUUGCCUUAGUCAACGGUCAAUAUCCCCUGCACCUCCAGUUAGCCUCCAUUCAGCUGCAUCUGCUAACAGCCCAAACUCUGCUGCUCUUGAACAGCCUUCUUACACCAGUUUAAAUGGUAAUAAUAACAAUAACAACAGUUUAAGUAAUAACGGGUGGGCCACUAACCACAAAACAACACCACACUCAAAUGUGGGUGGACUCCCUCAUUUCCAUGAUCCUCAAAGAACAACCUUGCACAAUAGGGUGGCUCGUCCCUUUCCGUCCUCUGAGCCUAGCUCUUGUGUACAGUCCCCUUCUAUUUGCCCAUCUCCAGUCACCCAAAUCUGCUCCCCUCCACCUGCUCCAAACCACUCCAGUCAUCUGGUAACAAAGCCACCAAAUCCCAGAACCCCCAGACAAGGUAGCUUUUUUACCCCUCUAUCUUUGGAAAUCUCAAGAUCAACAUCAGCUAGCUCAUUAUCUCCCUGUGAGAGCCCCAGAAUCACCUCGCCACCUCCUAUUGGCAUUCCUGCAAAUGUAUGGGGUGUUGCUAAUCCGCAGCCAAGGAAUCCCUCAAUAACAAAUGCAUCUUCUCCAACAAAAGUGGAAACAAACUCUAGAGGCCCCAGAAUCAUCUCUCCUACCCCAAUGGGAAUGUCUUCAUGUUCAGCAACCAGCUCGCAGAGCCAGAGGAGGCUUCGAGGAACCAGUUUGUCCUUUGUUGCUCUAGGGGACAGACCACCCAGUCCAACUAGACAUGAACGCAGGUCUUGGGCAGAAAGUGGACGAUGGUCAGUGGGUUCAGAAUUGGGGUUAAUAAGUCCUCAUGGGGGUUCAUACAGUGGCAGCCCAUCUUCUAUCAGCCCUGGCCCUCUUUCACCUGUCAGACUAACAACUGAAAGGACCAGUCAUAGCGGAAAACAUUUCUCAAGCAUUGCCUGGCCAGAUGUACAUGAUAUGUUGACAAAA